AUGCCCAAGAGAACGUUCUUCGACAUGUCCAUAGGAGGGGAGGACGCCGGGCGGAUCGUGUUCGAGCUCUGGAGCGAGGAUUGUCCCAAGACCUGUGAGAACUUUCGAGCUCUAUGCACAGGCGAGAAGGGGCAGGCCAGCAGCAAGGACGUGGCGCUGCACUACAAGGGCAGCACCUUCCACCGCAUCAUCCCAAACUUCAUGUGCCAGGGAGGAGAUUUCACCAAGGGGGAUGGGACGGGAGGGGAAUCGAUCUACGGCGAGAAGUUCGAGGAUGAGAACUUCAUGCACAAGCAUAACAUGCCAGGUCUUCUCUCCAUGGCCAACGCUGGGCCAGGCACCAACGGCAGUCAAUUCUUCAUCACCACGGUUGAGACGCCUCACCUCGACGGCAAGCAUGUUGUUUUUGGUAAAGUGAUGAAGGGGAUGAAUAUCGUGCGAAGAAUGGAGGCAGUGGAGACUGAGGGAGAUCGUCCUAUCAAGGAAGUGAAGGUGAGAAGAGAAAGUUCAGCGCUCGUUGCCUGA